CGCCGCCGAUGCGGCCCGGGCACUUUUAGCCAGAGUGCAGGGCCGGAGAGCAGGGCCGCCCGGGGCAGCCAGCGAGCCGCGCCAGCCGGAGCCGCGCCGACCCGCAGCGCGCAGGGACCGCCGCCCGCCGCCGCCGCCGCCGCCCGGCCGCUAUGGAUCUAUUCGACUUUUUCAGGGACUGGGACUUGGAGCAGCAGUGUCACUAUGAGCAAGACCGUAGUGCGCUUAAAAAAAGGGAGUGGGAGCGGAGGAGUCAAGAAGUUCAGCAAGAAGAUGACCUCUUUUCUUCAGGCUUUGAUCUUUUUGGGGAGCCCUACAAGGUAGCUGAAUAUACAAACAAAGGUGAUGCCCUUGCCAACCGAGUCCAGAACACGCUUGGAAACUAUGAUGAAAUGAAGGAUUUGCUAGCUAACCAUUCUAAUCAGAAUCAUCUAGUGGGAAUCCCAAAGAAUUCUGUGCCCCAGACUCCCAUCAACAAAAGCGAACCAAGCUUUUUUCCAGAACAGAAGAACCGGAUGAUCCCACCUCACCAGGAUAAUACCCACCCCUCAGCCCCGGCGCCUCCACCAUCCGUCGUGAUACUGAAUUCCACUCUCAUACACAGCAACAGAAAAUCAAAGCCCGAGUGGCCACGAGAUAGUCAUAACUCUAGCUCUGUACUGGCAAGCCAGGCCAGCAGUCAGCCAAACAAGAUGCAGACUUCCACACAGGACCAGCCUCAAGCCAGACUGGAAGACUUCUUUGUCUAUCCAGCUGAACAGCCCCAAAUUGGCUCAGCUGAAGAUUCUAACCCAUCUUCAAAGGAAGACAGUAACCCCAAGGCUGGUGGAGAAGAUGUUUUCAAAGAAAUCUUUCAGUCCAACUCUCCAGAAGAAUCUGAAUUUACAGUGCAAGCACCUGGGUCUCCCCUGGUUGCUUCUUCUUUGUUAGCUCCCAGCAGUGGCCUUGCGGUCCAGAACUUCCCUCCAGGGCUUUACUGCAAAACCAGCAUGGGGCAGCAAAAGCCAACGGCAUAUGUAAGACCCAUGGAUGGCCAGGACCAGGCACCGGACAUCUCUCCCACACUGAAACCUUCCAUUGAAUUCGAGAACAGCUUUGGGAAUCUGACAUUUGGAUCACUUUUGGAUGGAAAGCCCAGUACAGCCAGUUCAAAGACUAAACUGCCAAAGUUCACGAUCCUCCAAACAAGUGAAGUAAGCCUUCCCAGUGAUCCAAGCUGUGUUGAAGAAAUCUUGCGGGAAUCCCAACAUCUGACUCCAGGAUUCACCCUGCAAAAGUGGAGUGACCCAACCAGCAGAGCUUCUACAAAGUCAGUAUCAUUCGAGUUGAUGCUUGAAGAUGACUUAAAGCUGAGCAGUGAUGAAGAUGACCUUGAACCUGUGAAGACCUUGACCACUCAGUGCACAGCCACGGAGCUCUACCAGGCUGUCGAAAAAGCAAAACCUAAGAAUAAUCCUGUGAACCCACCCUUGGCCACACUCCAGCCCCCACCUGCCGUGCAAGGCAAUGGAGGUUCUGGCAGCUCCAGUGAGUCAGAGAGCAGCUCCGAAUCGGACUCUGACACAGAAAGCAGCACCACUGACAGCGAGUCCAACGAGGCACCUCGAGUGGCCACUCCAGAGCCUGAGCCACCCUCAACCAACAAGUGGCAGCUGGAUAAGUGGCUUAAUAAGGUGACAUCUCAGAACAAGUCAUUUAUUUGUGGCCAAAAUGAAACACCCAUGGAGACGAUUUCUCUGCCUCCUCCAAUUAUCCAGCCAAUGGAAGUCCAGAUCAAAGUGAAAUCAAACCCCAGCCAGGUAUUGGCUGAACCCAAAGAAAGGCCUCUCCUGAGUCUCAUUAGGGAGAAAGCCCGUCCUCGGCCCACCCAGAAAACUCCAGAAACCAAGGCUUUGAAGCAUAAGUUGACAGCGACUAUUGAGACAGCUUCUCAAAGGACAAUUGGGAAGAAACACUCCAAAAAAAUUGAGAAGAACACCAGCAUUGAGGAGUUUACCUGGCCUAAACCAAAUAUUACCAGCAGCACUCCCAAAGAAAAAGAAAGUGUGGAGCCUCCUGAACCACCAAGAAGCCGCAACAAAGCCACUGCCCACAAACCAGUCCCUCGGAAAGAACCCAGGCCUAACAUCUCCUUGGCUGCUGAGAAGAAGAAGUACAGAGGGCCUGGGAAGAUUGUGCCAAAGUCCCGGGAAUUCAUCGAAACAGAUUCGUCUACAUCAGACUCCAACACGGAUCAGGAAGAGACCUUACAGAUCAAAGUGCUGCCUCCUUGCAUGGCUCCUGGAGGCAACCCUGCAAAAGCCAAGGAGACCUGUGGUGCCAGCCGGACCUUUAGCACCUUAAUCAACAGCAGCAGCAGCAGCAGCAGCAAUAACAGCGUAUCCAGCAGUAAUGACGAGACAUCUUUCUCACCUAUUUCUGUCAUGCAAACAGAGCUUCUGUCCCCUCUUCGAGAUCACGAGAAUCUGAAAAACCUCUGGGUGAAGAUUGACCUUGACUUACUUUCUAGAGUACCUGGCCACAACUCAGUCCAAGCAGCACCCACCAAGCCAGACCACAAGGAAACUGCCUCCAAACCCAGACGUCAGACUGGUGCCACGGCUGUGGAAAAACCAGCCCCAAAGGGCAAGCGCAAGCACAAGCCAACCGAAGUUGCAGAGAAAAUCCCGGAGAAGAAGCAGCGCCUGGAGGAGGCCUCGGCUCUCUGCUUGCUUCCCCCUUGUAUCUCACCAGCACCACCCCACAAGCCUCCCAGCGCCAGAGAAAAUAAUUCAUCCAGGAGAGCAAAUAGAAGAAAAGAAGAAAAACUCUUCCCUCCUCCGCUUUCCCCAUUGCCAGAGGACCCUCCACGUCGCAGAAACAUCAGCGGCAGUAACGGGUCCUUCAGUCAGGACAAGAACAUCCCCAUGACUGGACAGAUCACCUCUACUAAACCCAAGAGAAGUGAAGGCAAAUUUUGUGCUACUUUCAAAGGGAUAUCCGUAAAUGAGGGAGACACUCCAAAAAAGACUGCUUCUGCCACCAUCACUGUCAGCAAUACUGCUAUUGCCACUGCCACUGUCACUGCUACUGCCACUGUCACAGCUACUGCCACCACUACUGCCACGGCCACCACUACAACUACCACCACUACUAUUUCCACCAUCACCUCUACUAUCACUACUGGCCUCAUGGACAGCAGUCACCUGGAGAUGACGUCCUGGGCAGCCCUGCCUCUCCUGUCCAGCAGCAGCACUAAUGUCCGGAGACCCAAGCUCACUUUUGAUGACUCGGUUCACAAUGCUGAUUACUACAUGCAAGAGGCUAAGAAGCUGAAGCACAAAGCUGAUGCACUGUUCGAGAAAUUUGGCAAAGCUGUGAAUUAUGCCGACGCUGCCCUGUCCUUCACCGAAUGUGGCAAUGCCAUGGAACGUGACCCUCUGGAAGCCAAGUCCCCGUACACCAUGUACUCUGAGACCGUGGAGCUCCUCAGGUAUGCAAUGAGGCUGAAGAACUUUGCAAGCCCCUUGGCUUCUGACGGGGACAAAAAGCUAGCAGUGUUAUGCUACCGAUGUUUAUCACUUCUCUACUUGAGGAUGUUUAAACUGAAGAAGGACCAUGCUAUGAAAUACUCCAGAUCACUGAUGGAGUAUUUUAAGCAAAAUGCCUCAAAAGUCGCUCAGAUACCAUCUCCAUGGGUAGGCAAUGGAAAAAACACUCCUUCCCCGGUGUCUCUCAACAAUGUCUCUCCCAUCAAUGCCGUGGGGAACUGUAACAACGGCCCAGUCACCAUCCCCCAGCGCAUCCACCACAUGGCCGCCAGCCAUGUCAACAUCACUAGCAAUGUGCUACGGGGCUACGAGCACUGGGACAUGGCUGACAAGCUGACAAGGGAGAACAAAGAAUUCUUUGGCGACCUGGACACAUUAAUGGGGCCUCUGACCCAGCACAGCAGCAUGACCAAUCUUGUCCGCUAUGUUCGCCAGGGACUCUGUUGGCUCCGCAUCGAUGCCCAUUUGUUGUAGUGGGUGCUCUAUCAUCUCUAGCAUCACCACCCAUCACUCUACCUCUACCAGCGCACUGACGGUCACUGGUGGAACUCCACUCAUUUGGGAAAGUUCUCUUUGGUUAUGUUUGUUUUUAUGCUUCUUUUGAUAUCUGUGAAAAACUGAAGUUAUUGUAAGCGGACACUACAACUUGAGAGCAGUGUAUGUUUUAUUAUGUUUCAGUAUUUGAUAUUCAUUUCUCAGAUCUCAGGAUCUUUUUGUGUUUUAUGGAAUGAUAGUCCCCACAAUAUUAUUUUAAGUCCACACUAUCCAAAACAAAGAACGAGAAGCACAUGUGAUGAUAACAGGUUCCUGAGAAAUGAAACAAGUGGUCUUACAUACAGAUGAGAACUUAGAUACAAGGGACCUGCAAAGAUUUUCAGCAAUAGCCAUCCCCAAGCUAUACUCUUAUGUCCAGAAAAGAAUGUAUUUCAGAAUCCACUGUUAAACUUUUGUGGUUCCCAACAGAUUCAAUCUUCAAGUGAGAACUCUCAUUGUCAAAAUCCACUGGUUAGAUGUUGUAAUAACAUCAUAAAAUCAAGAAUAUCAAGAAAAAAAGGGGCAUGGCAGUACUGCUCUUGAAAUGAUGCUAUGCCAUACAACCAGAGGACAUUUUUUUCUUAGCAUAUUGUUCCUGAUUUACUUUUUUUUAGAUUUUAGUGAUGAGAAGGAGGGAUGACAUUUAUUUUGACAACUUCAAGGCAUCAGCUGGAUUAAAAUUGUCUGAACUCCAUGAUUUGAAGCUUAAAUCCUCACUGAGAUCUUCCGUGUGCAUAUCUCUUUUUUUGAGGAGAAAUUUGGUGGUUGCAUGCCUUAGUAGCCAAAAUGCUACAUGCCAGUCUUUUCUGGGAGAUAAGAGAGGUCUGGAAAACGUCCAACAAGGAAUUCAUAUAUCUGCCUCCUUUGUAGUCAGGGGCACAUCCGUAACUAGCUGGAUUUUUAAAUUGUAUUUUGCUCAAAUCUAUGGAAACAAAAGUCGAAUUAUCACUACCUGAAAAUAAUAAUAUACAAUUUUCUUCCUAGUGGUUUUAAAAUCUGGACUUCCCCAAUUAUGGUCUACACUUUCUAUUUUCAGAGUUUCUUUUUUUUCUUCCUUCAUUUUGCUUUUAUCUUUUUUCCUUUUCUUUCUUUUUCUGUGAGUCAUUAACUUUUGAUUGAAAUAUCAUCACUGAUUUUUUUAAAGUUAUAUUACUAUGAACAUUUGCAUACCAAAUCCAAAAAGAACUCCUAACUCUGUAGGUAGUAGCAUCCCUAAAAAGUGUGAUUCUUGGGGUAGUGCUUCACCCUGGGGCACUUUGAAAGAGUCCGGGUGAUUGGGAAUAGCUCACCUAAUUUGGAGACAUUUUCCUAUCAGUUAUGACUGUCUCCCCUCCUUAUGAUUCCCUACAUUCAUCUUCUGUCCCUAAGCAUCACAAUGUAAAUAUCAUCCUCGGUGUUCAGCUCACCAGAAGAAUCCCCCACCUGUAGUAAACACUAUCCAUACAUUAGUUACUUGAAUUACCUGCUGGCACAUAAUUCCAUGUAGCCUUUCAUCUGCUGAGUUAUUGAAUUCUGUUCACUGAGAUAUGACCAGAUAAAUAAUAGAUAUGCACAUAAAAAAUGCAAACUUGUAUGAUUUUUAAAGCAAGUCAUGCAGGUCUGUGAUAAAACCAGCAGGUGAUAACUCUGAACUCUCAUUGUCAAGGUUAGAUAUAUUCCAGUUGCAGAAGAGCCAGACUUGAGCUCUGCUCUGAUCAUCUCUGAGUUUAAGACCCUUUGUUGUAUAAUAAGGUUAUGGAAGUUGUACUCCAGUGGCCCAGGCCAUGCUGUUAAUCUGGCUGCUGGGAGCUUCCCAGCAGCUGAACCCCUGCACUUUUUAAUGCUCCCAAUGAGGUUGAGCUUCACGUUUGCAGUCUCAAUGACACUUGAACACACGCACUCACACAUGCACACAUACAAAUGAAACCUGAAAGAAUCUUUUCUGAGCCUCUUAAAUGAGGAAGAUAAUAAUAUGAAAGACUCUGAACACCCAAGGAGGGUGUCACAUAUAAAAACCAAGCUGAUGACUUUGCAGUGACUCAAGUUCUCUGUUUUCCGUAGACUACCAGGUAGAGUGCCUGGCUAUUACUUUAUCAUGAAGCUCACUGGCUUGACUCGUAAGCUAAAUCUAGAUCAUGAUCCUGUAUCAUCAUGGAUUUAGGACUAGAUUCUUCUUGAAAUUCAAAAUCUCUGGAAACUAGACAUUACAAUGGUAGGGGAAGUUUCCCAGGGAACUGAGCAUAAUGCCUCACAGAUGAAAGACUUGUAGCUCUAGUUUCAGAAACUUGUUAUAUCUACUUACACACAACAGGCAGGCAAGAGGAUUCUCUGUCAUCUCUGGUGGCUGAGUGAAAAGUGUGUGCCAAGUCAGCAACGCGAUUAUCAAAUCUGACAGUCGAGCUCUGGAUCACCACCUGAUUAUUUAGUAGGACCAUUUUUAAAGCAGCUUAGAAACCAAUCAAACAUGGAGAAUUAAUUACUUUGCUAUUCCUGGAGAUGAGACAUCUCGGUUUCAUGAUGAAGGACUGUUGCUAUUUUCCAGGUACUCUAUUCAUCACAUUGUAAAUGGUGAUGUGUGUUGUAGGUGUGCAGCUAUGUGAGGGGUGAGGGAUUAGGAUACUUUGUCAAAUGAUUAUUUUCAGCAUACCUGUUUGUGGGAGGGACAUGAGACAUAUGGAUAACAGUGAGAUACUGUGCCUCUAGACCUUGAUGGAGGCUUGGUGAAACACAUCUCUGUAAGCAUGUGGAGGUAGGAUAAUGGGCAGAGUAAUGGGCACCUAUCUCUACCCAAGCAAGGAUAAACAAUCUCAGCCCUGCCACAUAACCAGGUAGGGCCACCACUAUGCCUUCAUUUGUCACCCAAGCUCCAACCACAGAAAGUCUGACAAGUUUGUGUUAUGAUGUUGGCUUGGCGUUAUAUUUUUAAUUAGCUUUGGAUUUUUUAGUGGUUUUGUCAUAUUACUGUCUGAGUUUGGUAGGUAGGAUUAAUUUGAAAAGACUUUAGUAGUGUGGUUCUUGGGGUAGAAUUUAGCUGUAAGCAUGUUGUUAGCCAGCCUAUAGACUGUUAAUUACUUAAUAAUCUCACUGGGAAAGUACUAGUAGUUUUAUAUUUGGGUGACAUAAUUGGAAAAGCAGAUUAGCUGUUGUUACUUUUAAAAGACUUGCGGUUGGGAUGCGUUGUUUUCCCACAUGAGAUAAAAAGAUCCAAAUAUUUGCUCAUUAAUCAAGUUGCAAAAUUAGAAACCCGUGGCUAAAAUGCGUUUUGCUGAACUUCCAAACGUAUGACUUCUCAUUUGGACAGCACACCGUUGACUGCAUUGGAUUUUUCUGCACCAGAAGGGUAUUUGUUCUAUGGUAGCUUUCCUGAAGGUGUCUAAAUUGCAUUUUCUUUUACUCAAAUUUGCAUCCCAGAGGUUGAUGUUGGAGUUUGAAGUUGGAAAGCAUUUUUGAAGGCAGACUCGAUCGAGUUGUGAGGGUGAAGCCCUCACGUAUUUCUGAACAGACGUGAAAUUCACCUGCAUGAGUUGGUGGAUGGGAGAACCAAACUUGAUCACUGGGUAGGACUACUCAGUAAAGCAAUGAACUAGUUCCUUAGAGAGGCAUCACUAUCCCCACUGAGAAAACUGUGUGGCAAGACGAGAUAGCUACACGAUAUCACCCAGAGGGCCGAUUCAGCGGCCCACUGUUCAAUUCUGUGGGGAAAAAGUAUUGAGCCAGUUGUCAGUGUUCUGUUACACAACUGACAAACUGAAUUCUUUGUCGUUGUUGUUACUGUUGUUGUUGUUGUUGUUGUUGUUGUUGUUUCUCAUUUCUACUUGCACAGCCUUAUUCUCAUAAUUAAACUCUGAUUCAUUUUCUCUUUGGUGUUUGCAAACUCCAACAGCAGAAAUGGCAUCUGUGUAUUGGUAAUCAGCAUUUACCCUGGCAGGAGACUAGUCAGAUAGGCUCAUCUCAGACAUUAGUCCUAUCAUGUGAUAUUUCCAGCAGAAGAAAACGUAAUAAUUCCCUUUCCAUUCUCCUCCUCACAAAUCUAGAAGCCCUCUUUACCAAGAGCAUCACAUUUUUCUCUGUAAUCUAUCGCCUAAAAGAAAAUUGUUGUGGGGAGGGUGGAGGGGCGUGUGGGUGGAGGGUGGAGGGUGGGGAAGCCCCCGGAGGCCACACUGCAGUUCAUUCCCCUUCCAGCUUCUGCCAUGGGGUGUUCAAGAAUCAUUCAUAGUGCUCACACUGGGUUAGGGGACACGAACUGCUAUUCAGACCCAUGACCAAUCAUCGUUUGGAGAUUGGAGCUUUGCUGUUUCAUUAACUGUGCAGUGUAGACUAAUGGUGUUUAAUAAAAAUCAUUCAAAAUUUCAAA